AUGUUGAUUGAUUUAUAUGGCAAGUAUAAGGAUAAAGUUGGAUCGUUGAAAAUUAAAAAUUUGAAGAAGAUGUGGGAAAUAAUUUCUGAAGAAAUGAGCCUUAUCUAUGAAAUGAAAAUCCACCCUAACAAUUGUGAAAACAGAUGGCGUGUACUAGAAAGAAAUUAUAAAAAGUACAUUGAAAACAAAAAUGGCACAGGGAGAGGAAAAAAAUAUUUUGAAUUUAGUGAGGAAAUGGAUAAGUUAUUUGCUCAUAAAAAAAAUGUCUAUCCAGAAAUUUUACUUUCCUCUGAAGAUGUUCAUGAUCCUACUGUUAAUGAUGAAGAUUUGUUUUCUUGUGAAGUGGAAAGUCCUUCAACAUCCAAAGUUGAGGCUUAUGACUAUUUUUAA